AUGCAUUAUACUCCUCGUGAGGUUGAAAAACUUCUUUUUGCUCAGGCAGGUCGCCUUGCACAAAGACGCCUAGCUCACGGAAAGAAGCUCAAUCAUCUUGAGUCCAGCGCUCUAAUCUCAACGGUCCUUCAAGAGGUCAUCCACAAUGAAUCAUACACUGUUGCGGAACUAAUGGAUCUUGGAAAAAACAUCCUUGGUCGCCGCCAUGUCUUUCCUUCAGUUGCAGAUACACUAAAACAGAUGCAGAUCGAAGGAACCCUUGAAACCGGAACGCACCUAAUUACUGUUCACAAUCCCAUUAACACCGACAAUGGUAAUUUGAAGAUGGCGUUGUACGGUAGCUUUCUCCCCGAUCCUGGCAAUGACUUGUUCCCUCCAGUGAAUGAGGCAGACUUCCACCCUUUGGCUAUGCCUGGUGCCGUCAGACCCGCUCAGUCUGGAGAUAUCGCCUUGUACGAAGGACGUAAACGCACAAGGGUGUCUGUUACCAACAAGGGUACUCGUGCUGUGCAUAUUGGCUCCCACUUUCACUUCAUGGAAACAAACCCGGAUCUCGAAUUCGACCGCGUCAGAGCCUACGGAUUCCAUCUUGAUCUCCCAGCUGGGGAGUUUCUACGCUUUGAACCGAAUGAGCCGAAAACUGUCACCCUAGUCCAGAUUGGAGGCUUAAAGGCCAUUCAAGGCGGAAGUGGUUUCUGCAAAGGCCCCGUUGACCCCAAGAAUGUUGACAAGAUCUUGCAGUCACUGAAUCAGGCAGGGUACCGACAUUCUUCGGAAGACUCAAACGCUCACGAGCCCAUUGAGCCUUGCACGAUUGAUAGGACCAAGUAUGCUUCGGCAUAUGGUCCAACCACCGGAGAUCUUCUCCGCCUAGGCUCUACAGACUUGUGGAUCAAGAUUGAAAGAGACCAUACUGUGUACGGCGAUGAAUGCACUUUGGGUUGCGGCAAGACCAUCCGUGAUGGCAUGGGCGCGUCAAGUGGAUGCUCUGAUGCCGAAUGCCUCGAUCUGGCUAUUAUCAAUGCCGUCAUCAUCGAUUGGACAGGCAUCUUCAAAGCUGAUAUUGGCGUGAGGGAUGGUGUCAUUACUGCAAUUGGCAAGGCAGGUAAUCCUGCUACUAUGGAUGGUGUGACCAAUGGCAUGUUGAUUGGGUCAAAUACCGAUAUCAUUGAUGCUGGAGGGAAGAUCGUCACUGCUGGUGGAAUCGACACCCACGUUCAUAAUAUUUGUCCCCAGCAGGCGUACGAAGCUAUUUCAUCAGGAAUCACGACUCUCUUCGGAGGAGGCACUGGUCCAAGCACUUCUUCCACCGCAGUCAAUGGAACGGCGAGCAAGAAGUACAUUCGCUCAAUGAUGCAAGCGUGCGACCAGCUUCCUCUCAAUUUCGGUCUUGUCGGAAAAGGAAGCGAUUCAGGAAAGGUUGGUCUCGAAGAUCAGAUCAAAGCGGGAGUCAUCGCACUCAAGCUGCACGAGGAUUUCGGGUGCACUCCGUCGACUAUCGACAACUGUUUGAACGUCUGUGAAGAGCAUGACAUCCAGUGCCAUAUCCACACUGAUGGCCUCAACGAAGCCGGGUUCCUCGAACAUACAGCCGCCAUCUUCAAAGGCCGCAGUAUUCACGUUUAUCACGUUGAGGGUGCAGGUGGCGGACAUGCCCCCGAUGUGAUCAAGCUGGUCGAAUAUUCCAAUGUUCUGCCUAGCAGUACAACUCCUACUAUGCCCUUCACGACAAACACAAUUGACGAGCACAUUGACAUGGCGGCCAAUUGCCAUAGACUUUCGAAGGACAAUCCCGACGAUGCAUCCUUCUUAAAGAACAGGAUUAGGGAAGAGACGAUAUCAGCGGAGGAUAUCUUGCAUGAUCUCGGAGCUAUCAGCAUUAUGUCCUCCGACUCUCAGGCCAUGGGGCGAUCUGCUGAAGUUCUUACCUGCACUUGGAAGGCAGCCCACAAGAACAAACUACAGCGGGGACCUCUGCCAGAAGAUGAGGGAACAGGCGCAGAUAACUACCGCGUCAAGAGGUAUAUCAGCAAAUACACGAUCAACCCUGCGAUUACACAGGGAAUCAGCCAUGUCAUUGGCAGUGCUGAGCCCGGAAAGCUGACCGAUCUAGUAAUUUGGGAGCCGGCUGAGUUUGGCACGAAGCCUUUUCAGGUUCUCAAGAAAGGUUUCAUCACUUUUGCACAAAUGGGUGAUCCCAACGGAGCGGUCGCGGACGUAGAACCAUUGAUCGCACGGCCGAUGUACGGAGCCUUGCAUCCCGAGUCCAGUGUCAUGUUUGUAUCUCAAACAAGUAUGUCGCCAGAGGGAAACGUUCGAUCGUACAACCUCAAGAAGCAAAUUGAAGUUGUGAAGGACUGUCGGAGAGUAACGAAAAAGGAUCUCAAAUACAACGAUGCGACACCGAAGAUCACUGUAGAUCCCGACACAUUAGCUGUGACGUGCGAUGGGCACGAGAUCAAAUCUCAACCUGUGAGCUCGCUUCCCUUGACAAGGCAGUCAUUCUUGUACUAG